CGAACUCUUUGGAAAAUCUAUUUUGGGUGUCGUCAAGGUUUGCCACAUCCGCCCUGUCUUUCAGGCACGUAGGCCUAUACCUACAACCGCCGCCCCCGGGUCUGCUUGAAGAGGCAGCCUGUCGAUUCCUUUACCCGACGCAAAGGGGCAUCGCUAGUACCGCAUCAAAGAUGGUUGCGCAACUUUACACGAAAGUAUGCAUUAUUGGCUCGGGCCCUGCUGCCCAUACAGCUGCGAUUUACACGGCGCGCGCAGAACUGGGCCCAAUCCUUUUCGAGGGCUUUAUGGCGAAUGGAAAUGCUGCUGGGGGUCAGCUACGACUACAACGGAUGUUGAAAACUUUCCGGGUUUCUCUGAGGGCAUUCUUGGUGUUGAGCUAACAAAUUGCUUCCGUGACCAGUCCGCUCGGUUCGGGAUGAAGAUUUUCAGCGAAACGGUCGAGAACGUCGAUUUCUCGGAGCGGCCAUUCACCGUACGAACCUCGGAAAAGGAGGUGAAAGCUGAGACGGUCAUUAUCGCUACGGGUGCUGUGGCGAAGCGGAUGGAGUUCCGGGCAGCGGCGAGGAGGGUGGCUACUGGAACAAGGGCAUUUCGGCCUGCGCUGUUUGCGACGGCGCCGCUCUUAUCUUCCGCAACAAGCCUAUUGCAGUAAUUGGUGGCGGCGAUUCUGCCAUGCCAUGGAGGAGGCAAACUUCCUGACCAAGUACGGCUCCAAAGUGUAUAUCAUUCACAGGCGAGAUACAUUCCGCGCUAGCAAGAUUAUGCAGAAACGCGCAUUUGACAAUCCCAAGAUCGAGGUCCUCUGGAACAGCGUCGUAGAGGAGGCGUACGGCAGCGCGCGGGGUUUGCUGGGAGGAGUUAAGCUGCGCAACGUAGUAACGAAUGAGGUGCGUGACCUGGAACUGGCUGGGCUGUUCUUCGCCAUCGGUCAUCAGCCCGCCACUGCCUUUCUGAGUGGUCAGCUGACUCUGGAUGAGGACGGAUACAUCGCGACUACUCCCGGCAGCACCACCACCAACAUUCCCGGUGUUUUCGCAGCUGGUGACGUGCAGGACAAGAAGUGGCGACAAGCCAUUACUGCGGCUGGGUCGGGUUGCAUGGCAGCGCUGGAGGCGGAGCACUUCAUUUCCGCGCACCCACUUCCGGAUGGGGAGGGCGAAGCGGCUGCUGUUGCCGAGACAAACGGCAAGCUGUGAAGGGCCCUUUUGGAGCCCCGUGGAAAGCAGCAGCGACCUAGCCAGGUCGUGUUUUCCUGCUUUCAAUGCGCCGGGACAAAACAUAGGACUGGGCGGUAACUGAUCUUCCGUCGUGUGU